CCUUAUAGGUGGGUCCUGCAGCCUCUCCUCUCCUCACACUCCAACCCUGCUCAUCUCUCAGCUGGACAGUAAGGGCCGUUCACACCACACUGACAACAUGCUGGGGACACUCUGCACUCUCUUCACUGCUCUAACAUGUGUCAGUGGUGUGACUGUGGUGACACAGAAGCCUCCUGUUGUGACUGUGGUGACACAGAAGCCUCCUGUUGUGACUGUGGUGACACAGAAGCCUCCUGUUGUGACGGUGAGGAAAGGAGAGACGGCCACUCUGGACUGUAACCUGGGAACUGUUGAUAAUAGUGCUCAUUGGUAUAAACAGGUUCCAGGUGGAGUUCCUCAGUAUGUUUUACAGUGGUACUACUACAAUUGGACCUCUGUAAAAUAUGGUUCUGGUUUCUCCUCUCCUAAAUUCACAUCUGAUCAUCAGUCUAUAUCUGAUUAUAGUUUGAUUAUUAACAAUGUGGAGGAGGAAGACUCAGCAGUGUAUUAUUGUAAAACAAAAGACUACUAUGUUGGCGAGUGGGCAUUUGGACCAGGAACCAAGCUCAUUGUUACUGAUGGAGAUCUGGCUACACCUGCUGUGACUCUGUUCCCUCCAUCCACUGAAGACCUCAAGUCCAGCAGAGCAACACUGGUGUGUCUGACUAGUGACCUGUCUCAGAGAUCCAAGGGGUUGGCAGAUGUCAGCUGGAUGUCUAGCGGUGAAUCAGUGAUAGGAGAUGUUUCUACCAGCCCUGCUGAGCAGCAACCAGACAACACCUUCAGGAUCAGCAGCUAUCUGACCAUUCAGACUGCAGACUGGGACAAGGACGUGGUGUUCACAUGUAAAGUGUCGUUGGGGUCAACAUUCUCUGAGAAAGAGAUCAGAAAGACUAGUUGCAGUCUGUAAAUCAAUAGUUUCAGACAAUCAAUACAACUGGUAGUUUGUUAAUGCUUCAGAAUGAGUGCAACUGUUAUUUCAUUAGAACUGUUAAGUGAUGUGUUGAUCUUUGCUUUGCUGUUAAAUAUAGAAGUUAAAAU